CGAUGGAUGCGGCAGAGUUUCGCAACCUGUACGCCUUUGCCCACGAGUUUGGUCGCGCGUCCAAGUCGCAGCGCAAUGUAGGCAAGGAUGUUGCAUCCGCCAUGCUCCAGCUGUUGUUCACCGGGCGGAGCGAUGCAGCGCAUGUGCCAACCUUUGUGGCCUUUCUGGCGUCGGAUGCCUGCAAGGCGCGAGUGGUGACGCACGACGAGUGGCUCUGCUUUGCCGAAUUUAACCAGCUUGCUGCGGCCGACGCCAGCAACUACACCGAGGACGGCAUCGACGACGGCUCUUGGCCAGGCCUCAUUGACGCGUACGUUGAGUGGCUGCGAGCUCGUGGCGACAGAUGAAGCAGCAGAAGGGUCAUGCCUGCGGCGGAAAGGUGCGUGGCGAAGAGGCUGUAGGUGAUAGGACCGAGGAUCGCGCAGCACGCGGCGUGGACGACGACGCGCUGAUGAUCUCGGUCUUUCCGAGAUCGUGGUAGUCGAUCUCGCGCUUGACGUAGAAGAGGAGGUAGGCCUCGGAGGCAAGGACCUCUUUGACGGUAGCAAGCGUGACGACCGCGUCGUCGCAGCGGAACCAGAGCUGCGACGCCGGGACGGCGGCGGCGCCGACCGUUGGCGCCGGAACGCGUACGUAGGCAAUGUAGUGUCCGGCGUCGAUGGAGCCAAUGUGGACGACGACGGCAAAAGCUCGUACUCGUACAUGUCGAGCGAAGGCGGAGCGCGGGCCUCGCCAGUCGGGGCUGUCGAGCUCGGCGCCUGCUGUGGUGAAGGCGUGGUCGAACCGGAUUGCGACUCACGGGCCACAUACGGGGCCAUGUCGAGGACCAGUGGGAACGAGACAAAGUCCGAGAGCUUGACAGAAGAGCCUGUGGCGGUUCCUCCAUGCGAUUCAAAGCGCUUGAGAUGGAUAGCAAGAGUAAGCGGCAGCUCUUGGAACUGCAACCGCUUGGUAAACGGCCGCUUGCCCUCGGGCGCGCACGCGCGGCACGGAAGCUCG